GCCUUAUAUGGCAAAGACACUAUAGAAUUUUUUUCGUUUAAUGGCUGGGUCAUAGUUCAGUGAAGAUCGGUUGCAUGGUAUGACCACUGCGCUCUCCCCCUGCAUUAAAUGUGAUUACAGCGCGCAGAAAGCACCGUGCAAUUCCGUGGCUUUUCGUGCGCCCUGCACAUUGAGACACGCGGGUUAGGAAGCUAUAGGGCGGGUUAUGUGAACACGGGAUCAGUCACUGAGUUGAACUGCUUGUGGUGUAACACUCAAUGAGAAGGUCUUUAAAUAUGUUAUGAAAAUCAUCGAGUUGGAUUUAAAUACUUUAAAUUACUUUUGUUUAUGUAUGUCUUAAACGUUUUCGUAAUUACAGGUGAAUCUAUGUAUUCGAAGUAUGGUGUAAUAGGUGAAGUAGGUUAGCAUGUAAGCGUAGAUAGGGAAAAUUGACUUUGAAUACGCGAUAGUGUAUAAUGUGUAAGCGCAUGUGAGUUUUAUCUAUAAAGUUUACAUACAGGUUUAACCUUUUCGCCUAACUGUGCAGUUGCGCCGGGACGUUACGCAGUGUGUGUACUGAGAGGGAACUCUGAUAAAAUGGCAAUGACUGCAACGCAAAAUCCAAUCGUGAAUUCGUGGCGAGAUCCCGACCAAGUGGUAGACUUAAACGGCCCGACGCCGACGUCGGUUCAACCGCCUCCUCAGCCGUCUCUUCCGCUGGCUUCCCAACCGACGGCACCGACGGUUCAGACACAGGUUUCCAACCCGGUUUCCAACGUUUCAAACGGAGGUGAUAGCUCAUCGUCCAGUCAAAAUGGAAGCUCUACGCCGGACAGUAAAACCCAGCACAUCGAGUGCGUAGUGUGUCAUGACAAAAGUUCCGGGAAACAUUAUGGACAGUACACUUGUGAAGGUUGUAAAUCGUUUUUCAAACGGUCGGUUCGACGGAACCUUACGUACACGUGUAGGGGAAACAGGAACUGUCCCAUGGACCAACAUCACCGGAACCAGUGUCAGUAUUGUCGUUUCAAGAAGUGUUUGAAAAUGGGAAUGCGACGGGAAGGUAGGUCGAGCGACUCUAGACCACUUCAUUUCACCAAUUCCAUGGCCUCUGCGGGAUACUUUAAUAAAGCCAUUAUGAUUCCAGCUGUGCAGCGAGGGCGGGUACCGCCGACCCAGCAUCCAUUCGCUGGCCAGAUGGCGUUCACCAACGGGGACCCCCUAACCGGCCACACCUAUCUCUCCAGCUUUAUAUCUAUGCUCCUACGGGCGGAGCCUUACCCAACAUCGCGCUAUGGACAAUGUAUGCAGCCGAACAACAUCAUGGGCAUCGAAAAUAUCUGUGAGUUGGCGGCGCGCCUACUGUUCAGCGCCGUGGAAUGGGCGCGCAACAUCCCGUUCUUUCCGGAACUGCAGAUCACCGACCAGGUGGCGCUGCUAAGACUCAGUUGGAGCGAACUGUUUGUUUUAAACGCUGCCCAGUGCUCCAUGCCGCUCCACGUGGCGCCUCUAUUGGCCGCCGCCGGCCUACACGCAUCACCGAUGGCCGCCGACCGCGUGGUGGCGUUCAUGGAUCAUAUUCGAAUAUUCCAAGAGCAGGUGGAAAAGUUAAAAAUUCUCCACGUGGACUCUGCAGAAUAUAGUUGCUUGAAGGCGAUUGUACUAUUCAGCUCAGAUAGAAAGCCCGAACCGACACAACGACUUUCUAAUGCAUACAACGCGUGCGGAAUUACGGACACCAACCACAUCGACAGUAUCCAGGAGAAAUCCCAGUGCGCACUCGAGGAGUAUUGCCGGAGUCAGUAUCCCAACCAGCCGACGCGCUUCGGGAAGCUCCUCCUGCGACUUCCGUCCCUCCGCACCGUUAGCGCUUCCGUCAUCGAGCAGCUCUUCUUUGUCCGUCUCGUGGGCAAGACUCCAAUCGAAACACUUAUACGGGACAUGCUCUUAAGCGGUGGGUCGUUCAAUUGGCCCUACAUGGCUAUCCAAUAGUUAGCGAACCCGAAAACAGUUAGGAACUACUAGGACUAGUCGUCCCGGUGUUUGCGACCGAAAGCGUAGCAAUAAUGGCAUGCAGUCUCCUCCAGUAUGCGCACGAGGAACAGACAGAAUCUUGCUUGUAUUGGACUCAUGGCAGAUGUGUCAAUAAAGGGCAUGACUUAAGAAAUAGAGGUCGGAUCGAUCUGUGUAUGCAUUGGAUGUUUUCUGCAACUGUAAAGAAUCCUAUUGGUUAAGUAUUCACGCCGCAAUUCUUUGAUUUGAUUAGAGUCAACAAAUUGAGGCUUGAUAUAAACAUUUAAGGUUCCGUCAGGACGUAUUAUUUUUAUUAAGUUUCGACACUCUUUCAAAAAAGUAGGCGACAUUUUAAUCCUUUUCUUAAUAUUUAACCUCAAACAGUUUUAUAAUUUGCAUUUCAUUAAUUGUUUUAUUUUCUUAUUGAACUAAGUUUGUGUGCGCUUAAAACGAAAUUAAGGGUCGAUCUUGUAAAGGAGUCUUUUCCAGCCUAUGUCUAUUCUUACCGCGGGAAGUAUUGCUACUUGCUUUUGUUUACAAAUCCGGAUUUGAUAAGUUGUUGUUGUUGAUAUUGUUGUUGUUGUUACAUAGUUGCUGUUGUGUGUAGAGAAAAAGGACACCUACUUGUCAUAAGGUUUUAAUAUUAUUAUGUAAUUUAUGACCUUGAUUGGAAGCCAAUUCUAAAUUGGAAACCAGUCGAAAAGGGCUCGGUCAAUUGAGAACCAAAAAGUCGCCAUUUUGUACUUUGUUAGUAAAUAUGGUGUGUGUGCCAAAAUUGACGAGUAGAAAACAGUGCCGCUUAUUUAAAUGAAGUUUUAUUAAUAUUAUUAUGGUCUCGAUUUUCUGUAUAACAGAAACCUGUAUAUUUUUGUACAUUGUCGCCCAUUUAUAACGAAUUUGAUAACUUUGCAAGUUGCUCAUACGUAUUCUGUAUAAAUACAGUAAUUCAUGUCACUAUGUAUUUUUCAUAACCUCAUAUGAAAUAUGGCGGCCAUAAUCAUGAAUAUACACACACAUACGCUUGAUGAAAUUCAUGAUCAAAUGUAUUUUUAAACGCAUUUCUCUCUAGUUAAAUCAGUAAAACAUAGGCAUCCUAUUUGAAUAUUGCACAAAUGAGCUGUUAUUAUCGUUGUUUAUUAUGAUAAACGGUACCAAAUAGCACACUUAUGCUGUUUUUCAACAUGCUGUAAGAAUAUUUAUGCUUACAUUAUUAAGAUUUUAUGCCGAAAAUUAAUGGUAAUUAACUAAUUGAGAUUGUCGAUGUACAUUUAAACGGUUGAAACAUUCCAGUCAUAUCCAGUUAUUCGUUGCGAAAGGCUUUCUUGCAUGAUCAUUCUUGCUUGGAUUUGAGUGUUGUCGUUUCCUUUUUUGCCUGCAUCGUGGGCUCUCGGUACAUUUCGUAACACUUCGGAAACGUACCCAGAAUGCAUGAGCUGUUCAUCAAUUAGCUACGAUAUUGUACGAUAUAUUAGAAUAAUUAACAUACUUAAAUGAACGGCUUUGUAGAAGAGGUGUCAAUUUAAACACAUAAGAAUAAAUGUAUUGAUACCCUUUUAAACAUUUACUUUUUGCUAUUUUUACAAUGUGAUGUUCUUUCGUAAACAUUGUUCAUAACUGAUGUUAAAUAAAACUGGUAUCGGCAAAUUACAAUGAGUGACAUUGAAACAAACCAUGUACAAUAGUUUGUUAUUUGGUUAUAUUCAUUGUUUUUAAAUUUCAGUAUGUCGUUAAUUAAUGUUUUUUACUGUGCAGAUGGGCCCUAUGUUCCAGUUACACCUUCGAUAAAUGUGUUGCUUUUAACGAUAAACACAAUAAUAUUUUUGUGUUAACGACAGACACAAUACUAUUUUUGUGUUGUAUUCGUCUUCAUUUUUUUCGCUUUUGUUCAUACUUUGUCUUUCAUUAUUCAAUUUGUUUAUAAAAACAAACGCGAGGUUCAUAAAUCCGUUCAUUUGUUAAUUCAUUUUUUUCAUGACUUUGCUUUAUUUUUUCAUGAAAUUGGUUUCAAACCGCUCUAUCAUUCUCAUAUCAUUGUAGCUUAGGUUUGUUUUACUCUUGCUUGCAAUACCAUAAGACUAGUGCAAAUUGUUUUUGUUAGAUAAUAGUUGAAAUAUAAUUACGUUUAGCAGAGAAAGAAUCCGAUGUGUUUUAUUAAGCCUUCGUAAUAUUUUCUUUUUUGUUGUGGUAAGCUUACAAAUCACAAUUAAAGGGAGUGGGAUUUUCAAUUUUGCUCCGGGAACAAUACAUUCGGAACUUAGAAAAAUAAUGGAACACAUUUAUAAUACUAUUUGCAGACUUUAAAAAAAAAAUUAUUACAAAUCAAUGUUUUUUUUUUACGUGCAUGUUUGUUCUUCCAGUUUCCAAUCUAAAGAAAGAAAGAAAGAUAUUGUGCAUUAAUGGUAUUAAUUUAGAACUGGUUUAUAUGGAGAACAUCCAUAUAAUUUGCAUGAUGAGGAAAUACUAUUAAUAAAUAGACGUAGAAGAAUGUGCGAACUCGGUCCAAUAAAUAUGGAUGCCUUCAUCAAUCAAACAUUGAUCUAAACAUGUCAAACUACAUAACGCAUUUUUUGUUUGUCAUAACAAAAAAAAAUCAAAACACCUAAAUUUUGAUUUGUAUGAUUAAAAUUUCAUUUGGUCGUAUUAUCUACCUUCUUGGUGAAUAAAAGAUAUGAGAUUACCUAUCUAAACUGUCUUGUAUUUGUUUUCCGUCGUAAUGUUUUCAACAGUAACGUUCUAAACAAGUGACUAACCUUUAAAUUUAUUUCACAUGUGGUUUUAAACACUGGUUAAAAUAUGGAUGGCUUUUUAAAUCCGUUAAACGUUUGCGCACACGAACUUUGUAGUUUUCAGCAAUCAUAAUAAUGUAUGGAUGUUGUUGUUUUUUAUCGAGUCGGUGCUUUAGUACAACUACGAUAAUAUUUUACUGUCGUGUUGUUGAUUCAUAGGAGACAAGUAAUGAAGUUAAACAGUUUAACAAUACUAGAGUACAUAUGGUUUCUGCCUUUCUUUUCAUUAUUAAUAAAAUGUAAAGCAAACAAUAGUGAAGUGCUGAAUGUAAAAUACUUUUAAUAGUUUAUCAGUGUGUAAAAAGUGUGUGAAGUUAAUGCAAGAAAGUAGAAGCGAAUUCUAUCUUUCAUGUAAAAAAUUACAGCAAGAUUACACACUUAAUUGGCCAUUUUAUUUCCAGUAUUUUGUUUUGUUUUAAGUUUGAAAUAAUGAAUUUAUUUAGUAGUUCGGUAUUUUCGACCUUGAACUCUAUAUAACAAACACGACAGUUGUGUUUGGAUGUCUUUAGUUUGCGUGUGUUUGCAAUCUCUCUGCCAAAAUCUCGAUGUUAGCAUACUAUUAUUUGUGUUAGGUACUUAAACGAGUUUAAUACUGCAUAAUAUUGUAUUGUUAUUAUUGUUACUAUUAUGUUAAAGUCAGUCAAUGCACUUUUUGAUUAACCCACAAUUCUUAGUGCUUGCGUUUGUAUUAAAUAAGUUCUCUUGGAAUAUUCUUGCGACUCAAUUUAAAUAAACGUGUUAAGGGGACGUGCACGCUUAAGCGUUCAUACAUUUAUUGAUUUAUUCAAAGUAUCAAGUUAAACAAUGUUUGCAAAAUCAAUGAAUUACCUCUCCACUGUUAUUUUUAACUUAAGUUUUUAAUCAAUAUUAAAUCAUAGAAAUAAUCUUUAAAACUCGUAACUGCAAGAAAAAUGUAUAAUCUUUUUUAGGUGAAAUAAUAUCAAGCCAUUUACAGAAGUUGUAUUCUACGAAUCGUUUAUUUUUUUAUUUAAACCUUAUCAUAUUCAUAUUUAUGUAAAGCAUUUUCGUAAAUAUCUAUUUGAUACGAAACAAUUUUAUUUCAGUCAAAGAUAUAAUGUAUUGUGUCAAUAAUUGACUAACAAAAAUGUGUAUUAUUGAAUCAUUUUAUUAAGUCAUUUUUCUGUCAGAAAAACACAAUUAAAUGUGGCUUUCAGACCAUUUUCACACAUUUUCACACGGGGCUAGGAUUCGGCUUGGAUAUCAUCUCGUUUUAUAUCAAUUUGUGCAUCAUGUUUUGAGUUUGUUGAAAAUAAACGAAGUAUUAAUUUAGUGUAAUGUUUACUGUGUUGUGCUGAAUGUGUUAAGUGUCCAAGACACAGUUUCUUUCCGCUUACAGAAGAAAUAAAUGAUUUACUUGUAAAACUU